AUAACGUUUUAUACCUUUAGCCUAAUAUAAGGGUUUUAUAACCAAAAUGUUAUUUCGCAAUUUUGUAAUUUUUAUAGCUGUUGUUGUUUCGGGUAUAUUUUCUCAAGAAAUAUUUGAAGACUUGAAACACGAAGAAUGUCUUCUCGAUAUUGACUUGAUUAUCUUACUUGACGGAUCGCAUUCGGUUAAACUUUCAAAUUUCAAUAUCGUAAAGGAAUGGGUGAAGCAGCUGGCUGCAGGAAUGCACAUUGGUCACGGACACAUACAAAUUGGAGUAGUUCAGUACUCUCAUUGGUACCACAAUAGACCGCUCAAUAAUCAAAGGUAUAUCAAAACUGAAAUCGAGCUUGGUGAGCAUAUGAAUAAGGACGAUUUUGACAGAGCUGUGGAUAGAAUCAAGUACCAAGGAUUCAAGACUUACACCGCCCACGCAAUAAACAAGACACUUGAAUUUGAUUUCCUGGGACCCAAGAACCGAUACCCCGACGCUAAACGAGCGUUGAUUCUUUUAACAGAUGGAAAAGCAACAGAUUCAUCAUACUUGCCGGAUGUCAUUCAACACGCAGAAAGGGACAGAGGGGUUAUCAUAUACGCUGUCGGUGUGGGUGAUUUUGACUCCAGUGAGCUACAGCUUAUAACACACCAUCAUGAAAACCGAGAAUUUGAACUUGAAAAUUUCGAAGACCUCGAUUCGAUCGUAAACAGUCUUCAAUUUCAACUUGCAACAGCUUGCGAUUGUGAUUUGGAGGGAAGCAUUACUGAGGAUUGUAAUCCAUGCUCGGGCGAGUGCACUUGUAAAACCAAUGUUGUGGGCAGAAGAUGUGACGCUUGUGCGAAUGCCACCUACGGCCUAGGAGACUCCGGAUGCCAAGCUUGUAAGUGCAAUCCGUUGGGAACGAUAGAUCCUUUAAUAGAUUGUGACGUCACAACCGGACAGUGUCUUUGCCGGCCUGACGUCACCGGUCGUGCCUGUGAUCGCUGCGUAGAAGGUUUUUAUGGUUUCCCUGAGUGCAGACCAUGCGAGUGCGGAGGCCACUCUGUCUCUUGCGAUCAAGUCACCGGAGUUUGUACAUCAUGUGAUGGAAUGCGAACUGGCGACCACUGCGAAAGAUGCAUUGCUGGCCACUUCUCCGAUAACGAUCAAUGUGUUCCGUGUAAUUGCAACGGAAACAUUGAUCGUUCAGACCCGGAUGCUUGCGACCCAAACACAGGAAAAUGCUUAAAAUGUUUGCACAACACACAGGGUCCAAGGUGCGAGCAAUGCAAAGAUUUCUUCUUUGGCGAUGCUUUGAGCAACUCUUGCACAAGAUGCGAGUGUGACGUCACAGGAACCGAUUCUUCUACGUGCAACAGCAAUGGUGAAUGUAGAUGUGGUGCAGAUGGUGAAUGCUCCUGUCUUCCUAACUUCGAAGGCACUUCAUGUGAUUCCUGUGUUGCUGGAUCGUGGCGGUCGAGCUCCGAACUGGCAUGCCAGAAAUGCGCCUGUCAAAAUAUAGGAAUUGUGGUGAACAGCACAUGCGAUGCGGCUACUGGUCAGUGCGUUUGUAAAGGAGAGUACAGAGGAAAAUCUUGUGAAUCUUGUGCUGCUGGCUACGUGAGAAGAAGCGCUGACGAGGCUUGCACAGAACCAGAGCCGACAGAACCACCUUCCGCUAUUGUACUACCAGUUACACAUCGUCCGCGUCCGACGCCGAUUCGAGUAAACCCCGGCUGGAGCCCUUGUGUGUCGUGUGGGGGACAAAAAUGGCCGUCGUAUUGCCAUGGUCGCAUGUGUCGACGUAGAUGGCCUUACCACCAAUUCCAGCCUUCACCUCGUCGAUGCUAUGCAGGGAAUUGGGGAUGUCGUAUGAAUUACAAUCAGUACAGACCAACUUCCUACACGGGUUAUCGGAACAGCCCAAGUUACCGCAGUGCUCCGAGAUAUAUGAACACCUACCAACCAUCAUAUAGGCGACCCUCUUACUACCGUGGGUAUUACAACCACCCUCGUAGUGGGGGAUAUCGCUAUCGCAACAACUACCAAUAUAAUCAACCUGUAAAAUACGGAUUAUACAGAAGUUAAACCACAGAGAAGAUUUUUCUGAAAGAUGCUUUAUUGGGGGAAUGUUCGGCAUUCAAAAUACUGCUGUAAUAUAAUAACCAAAGAAUAAAUCGCUAUUUCAACAUCAUGUUAAUAAACAUAUUCAGUAUUAUAAAGUGA